AUGACCUCUCGACCAGUCCGUAAAUUCUUAACCGCUUUCAAACCUCAUCUCGUCGAUCUCACCUGGAAAUUCGAUGACACUCAUGCAAUAUCAAGAAUGUCACUCGGAAGAACACCACCGUCCGAAACGUACAUGUAUCUCCAGUUGUAUUUCCCCCGAGAAGACAAAACAAUCAGUUACUACUUCACUAGCAUCAGCUGGACUCGUAUGAUGCAUGAAAGAGCCGUAAAAUGGAAAGAAGGUGUCGUAAUGAAGGGUAUGUACAGGAAGGAAGGGUUCAUGGUGGGCGGAAGAAAAAGCUGGCGACGUGCGGAUCCUGGUACACCUGACUUGAAAAUUAUGGAGGAACUCUCCAUACACCUCACUCAGAUUCUCCGGAUCAACUCGUUCAAUGUCAAACAUUUACGAUUGAGUGAAUUUGACUUUUUUGGAUGUUUUGUCUGGAAUAUCACCAAGAAAUUCAAGAAAUUUGUUGCGAAAAACGUGGAAAUCAAUGAAGAAUCCACUCGAUUUAUUCUGAAAGAUUUGGAGAUUGAGGAUGUUGAAAUAAAGGACUGCAAAUGGAUAACUAUGAAAGACGUUAUGGAAUCUGAAUCGAAAAGAAUUAAAAUAAAAUUUCCGAAUGAUAUGAAUAUCGAUGAGUUGGUCAAUAUAGCGAACCAAUGGAAAAGUGGAAAUAUCUUGAGAGAUAUGAAGUGUCUGAGCUUGGAAGGGAAGUAUGACGUUGACAAAAGGCACUUACGAGAUGAAGACAUGGCUGAGUUCAUCAAGAAAGUAGGAACUAUUGGCAAAAGGUGA